AUGGCAUCAAAGUUGUCGAACGUAUUACACAAGGAAUAUAAUACUAUUCUUGAAUCUACAGAAUUUUAUGAUACUGAAAUCUUAAUUGCUAUAUAUAUAGCAGUAAUAUUGACCUUUCCCAAGAAUAAUAUCAAAACAACAAAUGUUAAACUUUUAAUUGCUGCUGAUGAACUGUGUCUUGGUGAUCUAUGCAAUUUUAUUGAGAAAUAUUUCCUUGAAAACAAAAGAUUAUUAGAACAAAAUCUGGUUUUAAUUCAGGAUAUUACGACAAAAUUUUCUCAAUUUAAAGAAUUAUCCCGUUUCUAUAAAAAGGCCAUCCGAAGAGAUCCUUCAUUAAUCUUUAAAGCAAAUAGGCUUAUGGAAUGGUGUAUUGCACAAUCAUCUGAACUAUUACUAUCUGAUGCAUCAAAUUGGACACCUAGUGAAAUAGAAAUAAUUGAAGAAGAAGAAGAUGAUGAUGAUGAUAGUGAAAUGACGGAUCAAUAUUAA